AUGUACGACACUGAGCGAGGAACGCGCAGUUUGCCUCCGGCGAAAAUCGGGAAAGCCUUCCACCCCCUGCACAUCCCCGAGUUCGAUCACGGCAACCAAACCGUUCCCCUGAAACUGUUGCAAGAACUCAGGGGAAACCAGCAGUAUUGGUUGGCUGUCUUUCCCGGACUGGCUCCACCCAUGAUCCCCUUCGGCCCCGAUAUUUGCUCCAGAUCCCGAAUCUACAGGCGAACGCGAACCCACUUCGCCCCACUUCGCAACUCGCGGAGCUUCUGGAUCGGGGUGGGCGUGGAAGUUGAUUUCUGGGAGACUGUGGCCCAGGAUGCCUUCCGGAGCACGGAUGAUGACAUUUACGCCAAGAUGGGCUCCGACGUCGAGUACAGUGGCUCCACGGGCGUGGUGGUCCUUGUGGACAAAGGUCAGUCCCUCCUCACCGCUGCCAAUGUCGGGGACUCCCGUGCGGUUCUGGGCCGUCUCGAGGGCUCGCAGUGGCGCGCCGUACCGCUCACCACGGACCUAAAGCCCGAGAUGCCCGAGGAGCGAGAGCGCAUAGAGCUCAGCGGAGGUGUCGUGUGUCAGUACAGGGACGGAUCUGGCGAGGAGGCCGGACCUUUCCGGGUCUGGGACGGGCCCUGCUGCGAGAAGCCGGGCCUGGCAGUGUCCCGCAGCUUGGGUGACGGUGCCGCGCGUGCUCUGGGCGUCAUUGCUGCGCCCGUGGUGACGAAGCACAGGCUGCUGAAGGGGCAGGACAAGUUUUUGAUCAUCGCCACGGAUGGCCUUUGGGACUCCGUGGACAACGAGGAGGCGGUGCGCAUCGUCGCCAAGUUCCAGACCAUGCCAAGCAUCGCCUUGAAAGCCCUCACCGAGGCGGUGCGACGCGCCGAAGGCGACGAGCUGGUGGACGACACGACUAUUCUUCUGAUCCAUUUCCGUGAGUAG